AUGCCUAGAAUAGCCACUGAUAAUCUCACCGUUAACAAUCUUGGUCUCUUUAACGAGAUCACUGCACCUAAACAAUAUUCGGAUAAUUUCAUCACAAAUUGUCACGAGCUAGAUGACCUAUGCCAAUAUGCAUUCUUUGAAGAGGUUCCUGUAGGCCUUGUGGUAUCACGUUAUUUGCAGGCUGCCAACUCCACUUCUCCCAAGGGAUUAAUUGUGGUCAUUCUACGAGUUUUAAGUGCUUAUUCGAAAAGAUUUGGUCUAGAGGAUGCUCUAUUCGAUUACGUUGAGAAGUUGGCUGUGCAGAAAAAACAUCUCAAUACGGUUUACUUGUUGGCCGAUCCAACAGCUGACCAAUGGUUGGUUGAAGACGCCAAGAAAAGAGGUUAUGAGGAAGAUCAAGAGACGAAGCCUGAAGUUGAUGGUAAAUUACUUGAUGAUGUUGAGGGGAAGGUAUUGUUAAAGAGAGUUAUGAAGUGA